AUGGCGAAUCCCGAGUCCUUCCGAGCGAUCUACAAGACUGUAGGCAAUCAAGAGAUUGAUGUCGACAUCUACUUGCCUGGACUAGCGGUCAACAGGAACAAAUCCGGAUAUCCAAUUCUUAUCGAUUUUCAUGGUGGUGCUUUCAUGCUUGGGUCUUCCAAGAUGGUUAACAAAGAUCAGAUCCAAGACUGCAUAGGCCGAGGAUGGAUAGUUCUGGCCCCAAACCAUCGUCUAUGCCCCCAGGUAAACAUCUUAGAGGGGCCAAUCCAAGAUAGCCGCGAUCUCCUUGAAUGGAUCCAUGCCGGCAAGCUUCAGGAGGCCAUCUCCUCUCAUACUGAAGCCCGUUAUUUGGUCAAUCUUGACUAUGUGUUUGCGUUCGGUACAUCUGCAGGUGGAACCUUGGCUCUCUGCUUGGGCUUCGGAGUUCCUCGUCCAGUGGCAGGAAUAUACAAUAUGUAUGGAUCAUGCAACUUCUCGAAUCCCUUCUGGAGAGAGAAGGUACCACAUAUCAAGGCCAGUCUCCCUGACUUCUCCUCUCAAUUCUUGAAUCAGGUCUUUGAGGAAGAUCCGGUACCAAUUGAGGGAGGCGUCUCGCUGGAGGGCCAACGCAAAGGUGCUCCGGACUUCAGCGAUCCACGGCAAGCAUAUGUGUCCACGCAAAUUGCGAACGGUACUGUAUUGGACGCAGUGUACCCUUCAGGGGACUGGGAUAAGGUCGACCCUAUUAAGAAUCUUAGUCCCUCCUUUCCACCGACUUUUAUUGCGCAUGGUGCGGAGGAUAGGAUGGUCCCAUUACACAUUAGCGAGGCGUUGUUCUCAGCGCUGUCUCAACACGGCGUCAAAUCCGACUUUCGGAUAAUUCCUAAAGAGGAUCACAUAUUUACUGCCAGAAUGCAGGUGGGAUCUAGGACAUGGAAUCUGCAGCGAGAAGGAUUUGAUUUCCUGGAGCAGCUGAUCAAAAAAUGCCGUGGAUGA